CUCCCACAAACCAAACGAAACCUUGAGCUCUUCCAACAAAAAUCAACCCAGGAUUUUUUACAAGAUCUACAUUUUCAUAGCUUUUUCUCUACAAUCAAAUCUUCUACUUCAGAUUUCAAAUAAAUACCAUUGACCUACUGGAUUUUUUUCUUAAAAGAUCUGCCAGCCUCCUCUUCAAGGAUCGCGCAUCACUUUUUUUAUCUGACUCUUCACCCCGCCUCGUUCGCCUUAUCGAGUCACUAAAGAAGGGUUUCAUCCAUUCAGAUAAUCAAAUUCCUUUUUGACUGUAUGUAUUAAUUCAUAAAUCAUUGUCGCAAUUACUUAUUCCAUUCCCUUAGCUACAUUCUCAUCGAAAAUUCUAUCAGUCGCACAAUCUUUCGCAAAAUAAUCAUGUCCGAUAUUAAGAUGGAAGGCCAAGAGCCCGUCGCUGCAGCUCCAGCUAUUACCAACGAGCAAGUGAAGGCCGAAUCUGAAACUGCUGCCGCACCACCAAUUGAGUCGGAAACUAUAUCAGCUACCGAGCCAGAAGGGAAGGAAGAGAAGAUGGAAGAUGCUGAGAUUGAAACUGAAGUCAAGGAAGAGAAAACCGAUUCCGAAAUCAAGCCAGAAAUUAAGGAAGAGAAAGUAGAGGUUACCAAUGGUGAUGUCAAGAGGGAUGUGAAGAAGUUCAACUAUGACGAGCCAAGAUUCUACGACAACGGGGUUUUGAAAACAAAUGCCAAUGAAAUUCAUGGACAGAACAACAGCAAAUACGAUGCUUCAGUCCUCCCUCCAUCCUCAGAUGGAGGAAUGAUUCGCCGACAGGUGUGAAGAUUUCUUCAAUGUCCAUAGAACUUUUACUAACUUUUUGUCUGAAGGUCGAAUUCUACUUCGGUGAUUCUAACUUGCCAACCGAUACUUUCUUGAUGAAGGAAACAGGAGGCGCAGAGAACAAGCCUGUCUCAAUCGCAACUAUUCACGCCUUCAAACGUAUGCAGAGAUUCCAGCCAUACUCUUUGGUCGUCAACGCGCUCAAGGAGAGCAAAUUCCUCAUUGUGGAAGGAGACGAGGGAAAAGAGACGGUUCAGCGCAAGAAGGCAUUCGACCCAUCCGCAAAAUCACCAAAACGCGACGCACGAUCAGUCUACAUCAAGGGAUUCGGAGAUGAAGAGCCAAGCUCCCAAUUCGAUAUUGAGGCUUUUGUUGCUCCAUACGGUGAGGUUAACUCCGUUCGUCUUCGCCGUACGGAGGAGAAGCUCUUCAAGGGAUCCGCUUUUAUCGAAUUUGGGGAUGAAGAAACUGCUCAAAAAUUCCUCGCUCUUGAUCCAAAACCACAAUGGAAGGGAAAGCACACAUUGGAAAUCAAAUCCAAGACUCAAUACAUAGAAGAAAAGAACGAAGAGAUUCGAAAUGGUACUCUAAUUCCAGCUCAGCAUCGAGGGCGUAAUGGAUUCCGAGGCCGUGGCCGUGGUGGUCGUGGAGGUAAGGAUUUCGUCAAGAGAGAGCGUGAUGGGGAUCGUGAUGGAGACCGUGAUCCAAAUGACUGGAAGAAGAGACGUGAAAACGACAGAGAGAAUGGUUUCCGAGGUGGCCGUGGUGGUGGUCGUAAUCAGCGUGGCGGAAGAGGAAAUGGCAGACAGAAUGACAAGAAGGGUGGUCGCAAUGAUCGUGGUCCAAGAACCAACGAUCGCAACAAGGAGCGCGAUGAGAAGAACGGGUAAGUUAUUUUUUAUUUUUUUUCACAUUUUCAUCGUAUAUAAUAUACUAACAAAUCAUCAGUGAUGACAAAGGAAAGGAAGUCAAAUUAGACAAAUCUGCAGAAUCUGCCAUUCAGCCAUUCACAAACGAUAAGAAGAGAGCAAGAGAAGAUGACGGAGGAAACGAGGAACACCAAAACAAGAAGGUUAAUACUCAAUCUGAAGUAACAGCUGAAGCCUAAAUAAUACUGGGUCGGAUUAAUCUUUCCCAUCGUUUCGGCAUUGUUAUAACGAGGGGUUCUUUUUCUUAAUGGCGUUUUGAGAAUUUAUUCGAUUUCUUUUCGGUGGGGAAGGGGACAUCUGCAUUGAUAUUAUGGAUUUGACUUGAUUGUGGCCAUCGCAUACAGGAACACGAGUGGUGAUUUUUCUUGAGACCUGUAGAAAAUGGGGGUUUCAAUUUAUUUCAUUUGGAGGGAAAACACAAAAUUGUUCAUGGUUUAAGGGGGUUUAGCGAUCACGGCUCAAGGAUUGAUUGUUGAGGAUUGAAAAAAGGGGAAGCGGAUGAGUGGGUGAUUUGGCUGGUACAAAGAGAUAGGGUUUGUAAAUAGGGAGGAAAAGAGAGGGUCAGAGAAGAAGGGAGACUUUCAGUGAGGGCAAAGACAUUUUGCUAUAGGGAUUGAAAAAUUGAAGGAAAAUGAAUUU